AUGGCUCUUAAGGAAGAGUACCAACCAAGGACCAAGCAAAUAUCAUUUCACCAUCUACCUACAGUGUCAGAGUUGCCACACAGAGAACCCCUCCUCCACAUCUCUCCUACAGUGGAUAAUAACAUCAUAGGUGUUGGGCAGGAUGGAUUGGUUUCCAUCUGGACCAGAAACUUAAAAUUGAAGAAAAGUCAGCUUAUACUUGAUGAAAACAAAGUAUUAAACAGAAAACUGAAAUGGAUUUCAGAUUCAACUUUAAUGCCUCAGUACAAUAAGCUGAUUAUUGGAACCUGUGACAGAGAGAUACGUCUAUAUGAACUUUCCAACUUUGAACCAUACUGUCAAAUCAUUGGCCUUGAAACAAUGCCUCUACACCUAGAUUACAGUGUUCGAGAGGAAGAUGAAUGCAUAAUAUUGUAUGGUGAUGAACAGGGCUGUGUUAACAUCAUCUUGAUCUCUUCUGUGGGAGAAACACUGAGGAAUUGGACAAAGUGUCCAGCUGUGGAGGAAAUCCCCAGUGUUUCCAUGGAGAACAUUAAUGACAGUAGAAAUAUCACCUUCAUUCGCUGGAAGGUUCAUAAUGAUUGGGUGACCAAGAUCAAAUACAUUCAUUCUAUAGAAUCCAUUAUAUCCAGUUCAAAUGAUGAUUAUACAGCACUAGUUAUAGGCUGUGUCAAUGGAACUAAAGAUGUGCAGCAUCGUUUGAGGAUUCUGAUGGACUCCAGCAGCAUUCCAACCAAGUGCUCUCUGCCAGGUGGGGCUUCUCCUCCAAGGCGCUUUAACUGCGAUGAAUCCCAAUUCAAAGUGCACAGAGGGGUCAAGGCCUUUGACUUCUGUAAAGAAAGUAAUAUUCUUGUGACUGGCGGUUUGGACCGGAAUAUUCGUCUAUGGAAUCCUUAUGUUCCUGGAUGGGCUAUUGGCUUAUUGCGUGGACAUACUUCCCCAAUUAGCUUCCUGUGUAUAGCUGAUGGCAACACAAAGCUCUUCUCAGUCUCCAUGGACAGCACUGUUAUGGUCUGGGACAUUGAAGACCAGUCAUGCCUCCUCACUGUGAUUCCCAAAGCCAGUCAGAUCAGAGGAGAGAUGGCAGUUUGUUACUUCUCAAAUGAGCUGAGAGCUCUCUACCUUGCCGCAGAUUGCCUUGUUCUCCUACGCUUCCAACAGAAGGAAGACCGGCUAAGUAAAUCUUGUGUGUCCCAUAAUGAACCAAUCCUCUGCUGCCAGUAUAAUAAGCCAUUCCGGCAGGUGGUUAGUUGCUCGGAAGGAUCUGCUAUAAAAGUGUGGGAUUUUCAAAAUGGACAACUGGUUACUGAAGUCUAUGAAGCUCAUGGAGAUGCUGCUGUGACCUGCAUGGCCCUAGACACCAGUGGCAAGAGAUUGAUCACUGGUGGCAGAGAUGGAAGCCUGAAAAAAUGGGAUUGUAGCACCAUUCGUUAUAUCCACACCCUUAAGCAAGGCACUUCAAGUGAUGAAGUCACCGCCUGCACAUAUGCUGAUAUUUACAGCAACAGGUACAUCAUAUCUGUUGGUUGGGACCGGAAGAUCAAUAUUUUCCCUGAUCUUCAUAGUGAAGCAUCUGAAGGGCCAUGCCCACAAGUGGAUUGGAUUGACAGUGUGUCCAAGGACAGGUCUACAAUCAGUGACAUGGCUGUCAGUGAUGAUGACUGCCUCCUGUGUGCAGCUGACCACAUGGGUUACAUCUAUAUUUGGAGCAUCACAAAAUAUGCCCUUCAGGGACCAGAGGAGGAACCACCAGCUUGUACAUUUGGUCAAAAAGAUCCGUGGAACAUCAAGGAUAAAAUGUCCUGGCAGAGCGGGCCUAAUCCAAACAGCCACCCUACUCCAGCUGCACCUGCUAGGCAAGUGUUGGCAAUAAAACCAAGCUGUGCCACAGGAAGGGAAGAUGAGGCAAACAGCGCAGAGCCUGAAAGUCAAGUGGCUUCUCCUUUGAGCCUGAUAAAAGAUGAUGAAAUUGCAGAAGAACUGAAACAAAGGCAGAAAGCAAAGUCCGAACACAGGUACUCACCUUCAUUGAUUUCAGGCAUUUUAAAGGGCUUGUAG